UACAAGACUUAACGGGGAGGUGUUUUUAGCGGCGAACAUGUCCCUGACAUCCACACACGGCUCCGACACCAACAGCCGGAGGAGGAGGCCAGCUGAAUACACACAAGAUCCUUCGUGGGAGCAUGAUCCCCAGGCAGGUUACAGUCAUGAACAGCUCCAUGACCAAGGUCAACAACACAAUUCAGCAGACACCUGCACUCCAGCUACACAUCACUCCAUAUCUCCUGCACUGUGCACAACAAAAUGCUUGUCUGCAAAUACGUGUUCGAGCCAAAAUGCCUGUGAGGAUAGCUGGGAGGAGAUUAAAAGCAAGAGGACCAUCAGAGCAGAGAACGAAGUGGAAGCCAACAAACUGGUCAACAAUUACAGGUUUGGUUUUAGAAAAUGGAAGAGCCAUGUGACAGAGCGUCCAUUUGAAGACAGGUCAGAGGUUGUGAAAGAGCUCUACUCUGAACUGAACGUCAUCAAGCCAUAUUCAGGUCCAGGUCAACUCAUCACAUGCGGAAACAUAGUGUAUGUGUUUCUCUUUGGUUGGUGGGUCUCCCUAGCAUAUUUCCUGGUCAGCAUGCUUAUGUUCCUCACUAUCACUGGUGCACCGUACGGCAAGCUUUGCUGGAAGUUGUCCUGCUACUUCCUGUGGCCAUUCGGCAAGUCAGUCCACGAGAUUGGAAAUACAUUGAGGAGAUGUUGUGAGCAAGCACCAGACUGUGAGUGCAACAUAGAUGGGGAGGAGGAUAACUCACCAGUUCUGCUGCCUUCACCCACAGAGGUGCUCGUCCCACAGAUGCCAGGACGACCUCUGCGCCCUCCCUUUUGGCAUCGUUUCUCCACCUACGUGUGGCUGCUGCUGGGAUACCCUCCACUCGUGGUCAUCCAUUCGCUGGCUUGCUUCUUCUCCUGGAUCCUAAUUUUCACCAUCCCUGUUUCCAAGAUGAACGCACGAACCCUGGCCGUCAUUCUUCUCUUGCCUCCUGAGGAUGUUUCUGUUUCCUCCUGCUCACAGAGAAAGCAUCAAGGCUAUGAGACCAGAGCGCUGCUGUGCUGCUACCAUUCUACAAACUGGUACUACUACAAGUACACUGUUGAUGGGAUCAAUGUGUUCGCUGUCAACCUCCUCCCUCUAGUAAUAGUUGCCAUAGUAAUUGGAUAUAUUGACAGAGAAAACCAGUACGCCACUUCUGAUGUCAAGUUUGCCAUAGCAAUUGGCUCCAUCAUACCUCUGUCUUAUUACAUUGGUAUGGGCAUUGCCAGUAUCUCAGCCCAGAGUAACUUUGCCGUGGGGGCAGUGGUGAACGCCACCUUUGGCUCCAUCACAGAGUUGACCUUUUACAUCACAGCUCUGCUCAGAAGUCACCAGGGAGCCAACCCGUGCCUGCAGGAGGUUGUUAAAGCAGCGCUGACUGGCACGCUGCUCGGAUGCAUCCUCUUUAUUCCUGGCAUCUGCAUGAUAAUCGGAGGGCUGAGACACAGUGAACAAAGAUUCAACAGUCGCUCUACAGGAGUGAGCUCUGCCUUGCUUUUCAUCUCUGUAGGAGGUGUAUUUGCCCCCACGUUGUUCUCCAAGGCUUAUGGGAACCUGGUGUGUGACGCCUGCACCAACUCCACUGGAGGAAACAGCAGCGGGCCGUUUGUCUGCCACAACUGCCACUACGAUCUGAACAACGGUACACUGUUCCACAGCCAUGUUGAGCCAUUGGUGUACACAGUGUCUGCCCUCUUGCCCCUUGCCUACAUCAUUGGUCUGAUAUUCACGCUGAAGACACACUCCCACAUUUACAACAUCCAUGUUGGAGAAGGACCAGUUACCAGCCACCACGGAGCAGUGGUCCACUGGUCACGGUGGAGGUCUCUGGUCAUCCUUAUCCUGGCCACUGUGCUCACGUCUGCCUGUGCUGAUCUUGCAACCGAGCACAUCCAGCCCAUACUAAACCAACCCAACAUCUCUCAGUAUUUCAUUGGGGUGACAGUUCUCGCUAUGGUUCCUGAGAUCCCGGAGAUUGUUAAUGGGAUCCAGUUUGCACUCCAAAACAACAUCAGUCUUGGCUUGGAGGUGGGAAGCUGUAUUGCUGUCCAGGUCUGCAUGCUACAGAUUCCAAUACUGGUCUUAUUUAAUGCUUUCUAUGAUGUGGGAUUUGUGCUGUUGUUCAGUGACCUGCACCUGUGGGCCAGCAUCUUCAGUGUGAUUGUAGUCAACUACAUCUUCAUGGAUGGCAAGUCUGAUUAUUUUCAGGGUACGGCUCUGGUGGUUGUCUACCUUAUCCUGCUGGCUCUGUAUUACUUCGCGCCAUCUCCAGCAGGCUGUUGAGUGUGGAUCAUUGGUUUUUACCCCAAGCUCCACUUUUCAGCCUGGAAGAAACCAAAUGUGCAAGUUCAAUACCACUCCCUGCUGAUGAUAUUUUAUCCUGGCAGGAUUAUGACUAAAUGCGGGAUUUUAAUAAGUAUUUUGUUUUUUUUUUAAUGCUGUAUCCUCAAUUACACAAAUGAGAAAACUGAAAUUUUUAAUCUCAGGUAGGUACUUUUGACUGCACAAACAUAUUACUCCUACUACUGAAAAAAACUACCGUUUGUAAACUAACAUACCUUAUAAAUGUGUCCUGUCCUUAUGGUCUUUGUAAACUGUGGUGAAGGAGAGAAAAUCAGUAUUUUUAAUAUCCAGAUGGAUAUUAUGAUGUAAAGAAUCUGCACUAAUGGUAUUUUGUUUAAGGUACUGUUGUGAUACAUUUGUAUACUCUUUAACUCCAAAAUGUAAAAAUGGUAAAUGUCUAUUAGAGUUAAGGAAAUAAGUGACAUUUGUUUAUUUCCACUAAUAUAGUUGAAAAAGUGGCAUGGCUGGCUGUGCAUAGCAAGAGCAAUAAUAUCUGGCAAUUCAACAUUCUGAAAAAAACAGCUGCCUGUGUUUUUAUUGUUCUUACAGACAGGAAUUAAAAAAACAUAAAGGUACAUCACAGCUAUAACUGCCGUUGAGGAGAUAUUCACCUUUUCUCCCAGGAGUUCAUGUAAAGUGACGUGCACACCAUACUGACAUGCAGAAGAGAUCAUUUAACUUUCAUUAACAUCAAAAAUGAUGCAAAUAUAAACAUCUCAGUCUUAAGCGAUUUGGUACAUUUAAGGAAGUCUGAGCAUGUAGUGAUGCGGACUGUUGCGUCACCAUAAGAUAUACAUAAGGCCAUAGCAUGUCAAAUUCAGAAUAAAGUGACUGAGGUGGGAUUUUCAAUGUGAAAAUGGGCACGAAGAUACAAUAACAUUUUUAGAUGAGUUUAGCUUAAUACUGUACCAACACAGUUACAGCGCACACGUGAAAUACAAUGCUGCCGAAAUACUCAAUAUUAGAUUUCAAGAUAGAGAUUAACCAAACAGAUGAAAGGAAGAGGCAUGCGAGUCGAUAGAAGCAGCUGGGAGUAUUACUACGUUAUUUAAAAUUUAAAGUCCGUCACAGACCGUAACGGCAAAAGAUCUCUUUUGAUCAAAAUCAUCUAGGGCGUACCUGAAUCUGAUUUCACAGAAAUGACUGAGCCUUCUGACAUUUUAACGAUAGUGAAUGUUUUUGGAGCUCUACAGACUGAGUCUGAUCACAGUAUUUUAGAUCCUGAGUACGGCUGACAUACUCCUCACAUACUACUUAUACCUUGUUACUGGUUUAAAAAGAAGUCCCAAGAGCUACUUAUUUUUCAAAGUUCCACAGCAUAACGUUCUUCUUUAGAGAAACAAGACCAAAAAAAUAAUAAAAUAAAAUAGUAUAAAAAAAAAAAAUUAAAAAAAAGGUUAAAAUGGAGUUUAGGCAUAAAGCGAGAACUGAAAUAACAGGCGAAAGGGAAAUGUAGCUACAUGAUCUGUUACAAUUCAAUGUUUUGUAAAAAUAUAAAAACAGCAGCACAGUGAUCAAAAUAAAUAGGUAAAAAUGUCUCUGUGGUUUUAAGUUGGUGAAAAAUCUUUAGCUGCAGUGUUAUCUCCUGAUUAAUCAUGAGCAGAAAAGUUCAGCGACAACCGGCUCAUGUUG